UGAUGGAAGCUGACAUAUUGUAGGAUCGCACUUAAUAAAUCAAUAUUUUUCUAUAAACAAACAAGUAAAAAUAAUUAAAACAUGUAAAUACGAUUUGAUGUCUAUACAAACAUUAUAUUGUUCUAUUAUUUUCCAUAAAACAUUUUAUUUAAACGACUACUAUAAAGUGAAAGUAGGAUAAUAUCCAAUUAAAUGCCGACGUGGUAUUUACCAUAACACCGUCUGAAAGUGGAAACGUGUACCUAGCUGUCAGAUGUGACAGAUCUGUGCAUCUUUUGAAAAUGAAACUAGAUAAGUCCAUAUGUGUUGCAAGUUUUUGGUUCCCAUCAUGGAUAUUUUAAGUUUUUAAUCGCAAACGGGUGAAAAAUGGAGAACAGGGAUUUUCUGCACGCUCUAAAGCUGUGUUUAGUGUGCAUGUUUUGGUAUGCAUCUGGAGCCAGUGGCAAUGUCAUUGGAAAGUUGGUGCUUAAUGAAUUUCCAUACCCUAUGACAAUGACAAUGGUGCAGCUAUCCUCAGCCGCUCUGUAUUUAGGCCCCAUUUUGAAAAUACUAGGGGUGCCAAAAUCGGGUGAAAUCAGCCGCAGUUAUUACCUGAAGAUGAUCGUUCCACUGGCAUUGGGAAAGUUUGUGUCUUCAGUGUCGUCUCAUAUCAGUAUAUGGAAAGUCUCUGUCUCCUACGCUCAUACUGUAAAAGCUACAUUGCCACUGUUCACAGUUAUUUUUCUACGACUGUUUUUCCGAGAAAAACAGGCAUUACCUGUUUAUCUAUCGCUUAUACCAAUUAUCGGGGGCGUGUGUAUAGCUACAAUGACAGAGAUAUCGUUUGAUAUCCUAGGACUCUUGAGUGCUUUAUUUGCAACACUUGAGUUCUCGUUGCAAACUAUUUUCUCUAAAAAGGCAUUGAAAGAUACGGGCAUACACUACAUGAACUUGCUGCUCACCCUGUCCAGGCUGUCUACACUAUGUUUCCUGCCUUUCUGGCUCGUAUUUGAUCUCACGAGAAUUGUUGGGGAUGCGAAUGUGAUAGAUCAUGAACACAAACUCUUUGCCCUGUUCCUGAUCUGGCUGGAUGGGGUCUGUAACAUGCUCCAAAAUGUAUUCGCCUUCACCGUCCUGGCGAUGGUUAACCCCCUUAGUUACGCAGUUGCCAACGCCACCAAGAGGGUGGUUAUCAUUGGUGCUUCACUCAUGUUCCUGCAUAAUCCUGUCUCUGGGACCAACGUUUUUGGAAUGAUGGUUGCAGUUUUUGGUGUGUUCUUAUAUAACUGGGCAAAACAUCAUCAAAGGAUUCAAGAAAGUCGACAAAAGGUUCUACCGUAUAUUCAGAGUACAACAGACAUGAAGCAGUUUGCUCAUCAAAACAACUUGCUGCCACAUUCCAAGACUCUAUCGAAUCUCAACCAAAAUGGUGCUAUACGUAAUAAUGUGUUCCUUGAAAACUUGAACGAUUAUGGGCAUGGCACGCUUAUUCCUGCUCCAGAGGAUCCAUAUGAGAAGAGAAAGAAAUGGGAAGAUCUGCAUUCAAGGGGGCCUCACAUCUUUGAUGUCUGAUUUUCUCUCUUUAUCUGUGGUGUGCGUUGACAUACAGGUGUCUUUUGAUGUGAUUAUGUCAAAAAGUGUAUGUACAACGAAAAUUAAGGGUUAUGACAUUCAUGCUUAAGUUAAUAUUAAUUUAUUUAAUUGCCAGCACCUGUUGAUUUUAAUUAGAUGUCAAGUUCCAAACAUGUGUCUUUUGAUAAGAUAAUGUCAAACAAGUCUUAAA